CCCAAGACCAGCGGAUCGUCCCACAGGGGUGGCUGGAAGGGGACACACGACGCAAACCCGUUUGGCAGCUGAGGAAACUGAGGCACGGAAAGGUUAAAGCGGGGCCCGGCUUUUUUGGAAAACGCAGGCGUCCCGGCUGCCGGGCCCUCGGCUUUUUCCGCUAGGCUACGCUGCUCCCGCUCCCGACGGGGGUUUCUUACCGCAAUAGCGUGGUUGGCACCUUGAGCGAAAGCCAAAAAGGCACCCCGAUGCGACGGUUGAUGCCCAGGAAUGUCCCCUCCGCGGGGGACCGUCCGCACCCAGCUCCUGCCCGGGCCACAGCCGGACGUCUAACAAGAAGAUGAAAACCCCUCCAGCCCUCGCUCUCCUCCUGGUCUCUGCGGUGGGCUCCAGCUCCUCCGAGAACUCCAGCACCUCCCGCGGGUGCGGCCUGGAUCUUCUCCCUCAGUACGUGUCCCUGUGCGACCUGGACGCCAUCUGGGGCAUCGUGGUGGAGGCGGUGGCGGGGGCCGGGGUGCUGACCACCCUGCUGCUCAUGCUGAUCCUGCUGGUCCGGCUCCCCUUCGUCAAAGACAAGGAGAAGAAGAGCCCGCUGGGUCUGCACUUCCUGUUCCUGCUGGGGACCCUGGGCCUGUUCGGCCUGACCUUCGCCUUCAUCAUCCGGGAGGACGAGACCAUCUGCUCCACCCGCCGCUUCCUGUGGGGGGUCCUCUUUGCUCUGUGCUUCUCGUGCCUCCUGGGCCAGGCCUGGCGGGUCCGGCGGCUGGUCCGUCACGGCAAAGGGCCCUCCGGCUGGCACCUGGUCGGCCUGGCCACCGGCCUCAUGCUCGUCCAGGUCAUCGUCGCCGUGGAGUGGCUGGUCCUGAACGUGGUCCGGGACAAGAAGCGGGCCUGCAGCUACGAGCCCAUAGAUUUCGUCCUGGCCCUGAUCUACGUCAUGGUCUUGAUGGUGGUGAGCCUGGGCCUGUCUCUGUUCACGCUGUGUGGGAAGUUUAAGAAGUGGAAGAAGAACGGGGCGUGCCUCAUCGUCACGACCUUCCUCUCCGUUUUGAUCUGGGUGGCGUGGGUGACUAUGUACCUCUUCGGCAACGAGGAACUGGGCCACCGGGACACGUGGAGUGACCCGACCCUGGCCGUCGCCCUGGUGUCCAGCGGGUGGGUGUUUGUCAUUUUCCACGCCAUCCCCGAAGUUCACUGCACGAUCCUCUCUUCGCCUCAGGAGAACACGCCCAACUACUUCGAUACGUCGCAGCCCAGGAUGCGGGAGACCGCUUUUGAGGAAGACAUCCAGCUCCCUCGGAGCUAUAUGGAAAAUAAAGCUUUUUCGAUGGAUGAACACAAUGCAGCUCUCAGAACUGCUGGAUUUCGCAACGGUAGUUUGGGAAGCCGACCCAGCGCUCCGUUUAGAAGCAACGUUUAUCAGCCAACUGAGAUGGCAGUUGUGUUAAAUGGUGGGACUGGGCCAUCAGCUCAGAAAUCAGAGGGAGGAACACCGGCAGGCUUCCCACUGAUGACCUCACAUGACUUGGAGUUCCCAUACGAUGGAUUGAAGGAGCUGCAAUGAGUUCUCUGUUCUCACAUUGUUUGCACAUAUUUGAAUGCAGUGAGUGGAAGGUUUUUGUUUGUUUGUUUGUUUUGGUUUUUCUUGGAGUGGGAAAGAGAGGUUGGUCGGACAUUUUGUCUUUGUUUUCUUCAGACGAUGUACAAAAGGUUCUUUUAAAGCCCAUUACUUCUGUCUUGGUUUUCAUCGCUUCUAAGCAAAUCAUUCCUUUAUUAUUUGGUGUUUAAUGCAUAUCAGACAUUGAAAGCAUUAUGGUCUCCUCACGGUUUUGCCAACAAAAGUUUUUAGCUUUAAACCAAAUUCCUUAUCUAAGGAUGUUGAAUCUAUUAUUAAAUGAUGGAUCCUUUUGCAAAUGCUGGGAUGAAGUUAAAAACUCUCUUUUCUUGUUAAAAUAAAAAUUAAGCCCUCACCCUACAAAGAAAAUGGAAAAGGCACGUGUUUGGGGGUAAAAUGGCCAUUGGCCUUGUACUCGAACAUAUCCUUGUCGAAGGCCUUCUUGAGCCCCUAGUUUGGCUGCCAGUCUCCCUCCUUUCUAUCUUCCGAAUGAGCUGGGCUGCAGGGAAAUGAAAGAAGUAUUGCCAUUCUUGCCAUGAUCAUCUUCCAAGAUUGUGUGUCUGCCCAUUCAUUUUCCUCUUGUAGCCAUGCAUGGGGGGGGGAAGCAUGGCCAUCAAAACAACCCCACCCCCAUGUCCGCCCCCUGCCCCAGCUCGGGAGCAUGAGCUUGCUUUCAAUAACCAACAUUGGAUCCUGGGUGGGUAUCUUUGUGUGCGCGCCUGCGGUUUACUGAAUGGGUUGAAAAUUCUGGGAUUUGGCUAAGGAGGGGGAAAAUCAGGCAGAAGUGGAGAGGAAACGAAUAGAGACUGGGUGGGAUGCUGCAUGCGGACCUAAUAUUCUGCAAUUAAGACAUCGGUACCUGCAUCAGUCUAAUCCUAUUAAAAACCACAACGUUACACAUUCUUGUGCUAGGAAAUGGUUGCUUAUCCCAGCUCCAUGAAGUCAUUUGGAGUUCUAGAAUGCCACGGGUGAUAUUGGCCGGCAAAAUUCUCCUCAAAGCUCUCUGUCGUGAAAAAUGUAUAUGAUGAUCAUGGCUUAAAUGGCAGGGCUGGUUUCUCUAAGUAAAUGGUGCAGAUGGGAAGCUUUAUUCACCUCCAGAAAAAAAACUGAGUUUUAUAUGAGGCCACGGCAAAUCUCUCCAUGGGAUCGAUAUUUUGGAAGGGUUUUGACGGUUCUGUUCAGUUUUCUUGUUGUGAAAGGGGUUACCGACAAAGCCGCUACAGUUGCGGGGAGGAGGAAUGAUAAUAGCAUGAGAAUUGUUUUCCCAGAAACUUCACAUGACUAGCACGAAGCUUGAUGUUUUUUUGCCAAAUGAUAGCCUGUGGUGAUGUCACCUGCACCGAAGUGUGAAGAAAGUGUGCUGAUUGAUAUUUCUGUUUGUAUAAAAGAAAAAUGUUUACUUCUGCCUUUGGUUCAAAUGGCCUGGAAAGUAGAGUAUCUGUGAUCAGCAUACAUUAUUGUAAGCACAAAUCUGUUAGCAUUGUUAUUAGCAAAUAAAUCGCUUUCACCUGCUUUAUAAAAGCCACCAUGUCCCUUUAAGAUAGAAAACUGACUUCCUUCCGGUUUUCUGUGUGAGGAAACGUAUUUCAGAGAUCCUGCAGCACUUUCAAACUUUAUCAUGAAGUACUUGCAGGGUUCUAGUUGGUGUCUGAGCCAUAGUUUGAGAAAAGAAAAUCAAAGCGUGGGUUCAUAUGCACACAACUUUGUAGAAACUGGGCCCGGCUGAAGGUCCUAGAAGCAGGGGGAAGCAGGCAUCACCUCGGUUGGUGACAUCCACAGUGGGUGCCUCCAGUCUAACCAAGGGCUGUGAGAAAGGGAGCAUUGUAGCUUUUAUAAAAAAAAUGGUUUGACUAUUCUACCAGCUGACAGGAUUACCCAGCAGGUGCUUUUUAUUAAUUGAUGAGAGCUGAGGCUCAUUUUUGAUAGAUUAUAUAUAUAUAUUUAUUAAAUGUAUUAGUGUGUUUUAUAAUGUACCCUCUCUUCACCCCUCCUCCCCUCUCAUCCCAGCUGAUUAUUGCAUACUAAGAACAUCGUUAAAAGGAUUUUCCAGACAAUCAAUGUGUACCAUAAAUGACUGUAAAUAUAAAACUACAAAUUAAGAUGGUUGUAAAGCAUGGGCAGAUGUUUUAUUUUCAAGCUGUUCUUAACAAAAAAUAAAGGCUUUACUAUUUACUUA